AUGAAAGCAAACCCUCGUCGCAGUCCGGAGGUUCUUUGGGCUCAACGUUCUGAUAAGGUUUAUCUUACCAUUGCUCUACCUGAUGCAAAAGAGGUUUCUGUGAACUGUGAGCCGCAGGGCUUAUUUAGUUUCUCUGCUAAAGGGCUGCAAGGUGAAUUGUUUGUGUUCAGUUUGGAACUUUAUGGCCCAAUAAUGCCUGAGGUUUGUAAAACUCAAGUUGGGUUGAGGAACAUUCUAUGCUCAAUCCAGAAAGAGCAGAAAGGUUGGUGGGAAAGACUAUUAAAGUCAGAAGAAAAACCUGCUCCUUACCUUAAGGUUGAUUGGAACAAAUGGUGUGAUGAGGAUGAGGAAGGGUCAACUUCUGAUUCGGCCUCUGAUGAUCACAAUGCUGUGUAUAUUGGUCAAGAUGACGGAAGCAGUGAUGAUGAAGGAAUGCUUUAUCUUCCCGACUUGGAAAAGGCAAGAGGAAACUAG